AAAAAAGAAAGCGGGGUAGGAAGCAAAUCAGCAACAUCUUUAUCUCAAAUCCACACGAAAAUCCGGGGUAGAUUCUUCCGAUACGCCAUUAUAAAUUAGCACCAUCGUCACGUAAUUCCCACUCUUCAAAUAUCUCUCUCUUUUUCUCUGAAACCCUAACACAAAACACAAACAAGUGAAACAUAAACAACCACCGUUUUCGCUUUUUGGGUCACUGAAGCAUUUCAUCGAAUGGCUCCUGAGCAUAACAACGACAACAGCACAAGCUACCAACCUUCGGAGCCAAGACCAUGCGCUAACGGUUGCGGCUUCUUCGGCACCGCCGGCAACAGAGACCUCUGCUCCAAGUGCUUCAGAGAUCUUUUUCUUGAAGAACAGCGUGCCGCUUCAGCCAAAGUCGUCGUUGAGAAAACCCUUCUCCAUGGCUGCGUUGCUUCCGGGUCCUCUCCUUCUUCGGACACCACCGACUCCUCUGUCGUUCCUACGGCGGAGCCUCCUUCUUCCUCCGCUGCCGCAGCAGCGCCUUCCGGUCCCGUGAAGCCCUCGAACCGGUGCCGUGGUUGCAACAAGAAGGUUGGGCUGACGGGUUUCGUUUGCAAGUGUGGAGCGACGUUCUGCGGGGUUCACCGUUAUCCAGAGAGACACGAUUGUCCGUUUGAUUUCAAGGGCGUUGGACGUGACGCGAUUUCCAAGGCUAAUCCUGUUGUGAAAGCAGAUAAGCUCGAUAAGUUUUAGUUUUCUUAAUUGGAUUUGUAUUAUGAUGGGUUGAUCAAUUCUCUUUGUUUUAGACCAGUUGAGAAUUUUACGGGGUUAGAUUGAUAGCUCUGUUUAGGAAUUAGAGAUUUAGGUAGGUUCAGUUGGGCUGGGUGAGGGGUUUUAGGGUGAAUUGAUGAAUGAAUUGAUGAAUUUGACAUGAAUUGUUGAAUUUGAUACAUCUGUUCAAUUUCAA